GUCUAUCUUCAGCCGUCAGUCAAAAAUGUUCCGACGUAUUACACUGAUUAUCGCGUUGUUAAUUCACACAGCAAUUCAUGCUGCCAACUACAGUCUACCGUUCGGAAACAAUCACAAUGUGGUGGCACAUGUCGAUACCGCCGCCAAGCAGCUAACAGUGCAUCGCAACGCCAAGCCGGUGCAAACAAUCAUCAUGGGCGAUGACCUCGGAUCUGUAGUUUCCCAUGAACAACUGGAACACGGAUUUAGGUUGCGUAACUCGGACGGCGAGGCGAUUGAGUUCACUAUCGAUUGGAAUGGAGAAGACUUCUCGCUGUUUACCGUCGCACGACGAAUAAGGCACCGUUCCCGAGCGACGGAGGACUGUGUUAAGCUGGGCACGGACGUAAACUGGUUCGGUGGUCCGAUGCAGGUUAUGCAAUAUUGGCCUGUUCAAAAGCAGAAGUUCAAUGGGUACGAUUACAUGAUCAAAGCAGACGACAGUUGCUACAUUGCGGAACGGUACUGGCUGAAUUCCUUGGGAUCGUUUAUCUACGUGGACGACGAAACUCCUCUGUUCAUCGAUCAGAACUAUGGACAACCAGGUUACUUGUGUUUGCGGGCGAAAAAGUCGCUUCCUUAUGACAUUCACGACAACACGUACUCGUUCGUGUAUCAGAUCGGUGUCGGUAAGAACGCUCGAGAAGCUCAUAUGGGGGCCAUCGAAAGGAUUCUGGGUAAGCCUUCCGGACACCCAGCGGAAGAAAUGGUAAAGUAUCCAAUUUGGUCUACAUGGGCGCGCUACAAAAAGGAUAUCAACGAUACCGUUCUUUACGUGUACGCUGAUGAAAUCUACAAAAAUGGUUGGAGAAAUGGACAAAUUGAAAUCGACGACAACUGGGAAAAGUGCUACGGCUCGUUAGAGUUUGAUAAUUCAAAGUUCCCCCGCAUGAAGCAUACCGUUGGUGUUUUGAAAGCGAAAGGAUUCCCCAGAGUAACACUCUGGGUUCACCCAUUCGUCAACAAGGAUUGCGAGCCAGCGUACUCUGAUGCCCUUCGAAACGAUUACCUGGUGGCAAACCACAAUGGGCAGACGGCGGCGCAAUGGUGGAACAGUGAACCGAAUGGGUCUGCACAUUUGGACUUAACGAAGCCGCAGGUUGCCGAGUGGUUCACCAACCGUCUGAAGAAUCUCCAAACUGAAACCGGGGUCUCCAGUUUCAAGUUUGAUGGAGGAGAACCGAGUUGGAUGCCCGAUGAUCCAGUGCUGAACGGACCACGCUCAAAGCACCCGUUUAUGAUUGCGGACAGCUAUCUGCGAACCGUAGCCAAAUUCGGCAAUCUGGCAGAAGUUCGUUCAGCGCGACGAACACAGGAUUUGCCGAUCUUCGUGCGAAUGAACGACAAGUUUUCCGAGUGGGGUUGGCACAACGGUCUUCCGACGUUGAUUCCCACCCUUUUGAUGAUGAACAUGGUCGGUUACCCGCUGGUGUUGCCCGAUAUGGUCGGUGGAAAUGGGUACUUCAACCAAUACCCGAGUAAGGAGAUGUUCAUCAGGUGGCUGCAAGCCACCGUGUUUAUGCCAAGCAUUCAGUUUUCUUUUGUACCGUGGGACUACGAUGAGGAGACGGUGCGUAUUUCUAAGAGGAUGACGGAUUUGCAUGAGAGGUACACUCCGAUCAUUAUGGAGCGUUUCAAGCUGGCUGUUUCCGACGGGUAUCCGGUGAAUCCCCCGAUUUGGUGGGUUUCACCAGACGACAUUGAGGCUCAGAAGGUUUUUGACCAGUUCAUGCUGGGGAAUGACAUCAUAUCGGCACCGGUUGUUCGGAACAACGCCCGGGCUAGAGACAUCUAUCUACCGAGUGGAGAAUGGGUGGAUGGGAAUAUUGCUACCGUUUACAUCGGACCACGGUGGAUUCGGAACUAUUCAGUGCCGUUGCACAUUCUCCCAUAUUUUGUGAGAAAAGGUGUCAAAAUUUACUGAGCCCAACGGAACUGAGCAAAUAUUGAAUAAAAUUAGUCGAGCGAUCUUUUCGUGUCAUAUUUAACAGAUAUGGUUAAAAAAUUCUAAUUUUCCUAGGGACCCGAAUAAAAGACGGAAUCACAAAACGCAGAAUCUCAAAAGGCAAACCUUUCUUACACAUGUAACAAAAAGCGGAAAAAAUCAUUAGGCGCAAUGCAAAAGGCGGAACUUCAAAAGGCAAAAUUUAACCAUUUCUUAUUUUUAAACAGGCGUCUGUUUCAGGUAAAGGAAAAUAUAUUUUAUUCUUUGAAGGCAAGAAUCUGCCCGGUCAUCCACAACUGAAACAUUAGCCGUCUCGUAACUCAUUCCCACAGUUAUUUAAGUGUA